CUGAGCAAAAGCACGAUAUUUGUCUGAGGUUUUUGUUUCUUUUUGAAACGACUCCUUUGCAGGGAAAAGAGUAAGUUGGCGAGAAAACUUAUCCAAUUGACAUUGGUAGAACCGCUAGGAUUAUAAGUAGUAAGCAGUUUACCUACGGUAACCCAUAAAAUCAACGUAGUAUGAAAACCGACGAAGAAUGGCGGUCCCUCCUUACGCCCGCCGAGUUCGAGAUCUUGCGUCUGCGCGGGACAGAGUUGCCAAACACCGGGGAGUACGUUUCGCAUUUUACCAAAGCCGGCCACUACGCCUGCAAAGCCUGCCGACUACCCCUGUACCCGGCGUCGGCGAAGUUUCAGAGCGGCUGCGGCUGGCCGGCGUAUAACGCCUGCUACUUCUCCACCGCGUUGCAGGGGUCGCACGUUUCGUACGUAAAAGACACGUCGCACGGGCGGACGCGGCUGGAGAUUCGGUGCAAGCGGUGCGAGUCGCACCUUGGGCACUUGUUUCUGGGGCACAAGGCCGAAGCGGAAAGCGAGCGGCACUGCGUGAACAGUUUGAGUGUCCGGUAUGUUGCGGAGGAUAGUGGAGUAGUAGAUGGAGAGGCAGAAGGAAAAACCAAAACAACAAGUGCUGCGCCCGACAAUGCAGAAGUACGACAAUUGCGUUCAGAAUGCUUGGGAAAGUCCAUUCCGCCGGAGUUACUCGCGGAGCUGGACGAUUUCAAAUUCGCAAAAGACGACCCGCGAAACAGGCCACUGACGUGCGGAAAAGGCAGCGAUGAGGGAGCCGCCAGUUGUGCAGCAGCGGCUCCUCGAAAAGGCAAUAGAGGGGCUGCGCUGGAACAGGCGACUGUCGCAGAUAAUGAGCUUCUUGAUGAUGUUGGUCGCGCUCCCCUUCGCGCUGAUGGCGACGAAGUCAAGGUCGCCAAAACCCUGACCGCCCUCUUCCCCUCAGAGUGGAGCGCCGUGAACGAGAGAAGUAUUAACGACCGUGAACAAAUUAUACCGAGCAAGCUGCACACGUUUUUCAGAUUGCAGGGGUUUCUGAAGGGCGCGAAAGAUAAUGUGUCACCAAACUCGCUACAACAUCCGGAAAGCGAUGAAGGAAACAUUGAGUUGACAGCGGAGAACCUUCUGCGCUAUCUGGUGUUUGCCGACGAAAGGAAAUUCGCAUUGGCAGGAGAGAAUGGUGAUUUUCUGUUGCGUGUUCCACCGCAAUCUGAUUCUCAUGUUGUUGAAGAUACCAGCAGCUUUUGCGCUCGUCCUGCAGUUGCUUCACUUGAAGACCUUCACGGGAGCCGGCGCACUGGAAUGGUUCAAGAACGCAGCGGACCCGAAUUCUACGACCUAGCGCUGUCCGUCAAGCCCAGCACCAUUCCCGGCGCGGGCCUCGGACUCUUCGCGAAUCGGCGGUUCAGCCAGGGCGAGUUUGUUUGCGUUUAUUUCGGGGAGAAGGUGUCCUUCAAGGAGAAAAUCGAAAAUAAAACCAGGAACCUCGACUACUGCCUCGGUGGGUUUGGCCUCUACAGUGUAGACGCGAAGAACUCGACGUGUGCUGCGCGGUACAUCAAUCACGGGGAUAGUGCGGAAAAAGUGAAUGUACGCUUCAAGUACAAGAGCUCAAAACUGUUAAAGGCCAUUGUGGUGGUAGUGAAGCCGGUCGAGGCCGGGGCGGAGUUUCUCGUGGACUACGGGAAGGGAUACUGGCGUGCCAGAACGUGUCCUACGAGUUCGGGUGCGCACAAGGAGGUAAAAGCACAUCUCGAGCAGGGGGCUACGAAGGGCCAUGCUGAAGAGGAGAAGCUUAUCGAGCCGUGUAGAUGAUGACAGUCCUGUGAUCACACCGUAUCAAAGUCGUGCAGAGCCGCAAAGAGCAGAAGCAAGAUUAGAACGCAAAUCUUAGAUGAACUCCAUCAGAAACAACGACCAAGCGACCAUUCCGAAUGAAUUUGAAGUUUCCGUUUCGGGCCUGCGAUCAUGCAAAAGUAAAAC